AUGCCUGGACUCACACACUCGCAGGACAACAUGCAAACCAACGAAGCUCUUUGCCUGAAUAGAACUGGGCUCUACAGACCGAUCCCAUGUAUCUGUGUCACUAGCCACCUGGCCCAGCAAGCCCAGCCAAGCGGAAUGCAGUGUGGUACUCAAGUAAUCGGCAUUGUCCUUUCCCCUUUGUUCAAUGUCUCCACGUUUCCAUGCGUUCUCCGAAUGACUCACAAUAUCUCAGACAUGCGGCUUUGCGUGAAGAUGAUGGAGAGUGGCUCUUCAUCGACAUGCACUUACAAUAAUCUGCAAGCAAUAUCCAUCUCGACGCCCGUGCUUCGUCUGCUUCUUCUCCAUCUUCGCCCCAUUUUCGCCAAGGUGUGGACCGCAGACUGUGGUCUUUGUUCUUUGUUGAAACUGCUCCGAACCACACAACUCAUCAUUCACUCACUAGUGUCUUUUUGCUGUUGGCCGCGGGUCCCGCUUUUAUUUCCGUCGUCAAAAGUCUCUCUCCUCCGUUGUGAAGCCGGCUCAGCUCGUUCAACGUCUCCGCUCUCUUCUCUCUGUCCUCUCCUUCUGGUCCUCCUCCCGUUGCUUGGUAAUACGGCCACCGGGGGAAAAGCCAAAGUUUGCCUGAUUGGGGGGACAAUCCUCGUCUUAGCUCGCUCGCUCGCGACUUCGGCCUUGCAAAAGGGCGGUGCACUCAACAUUAGCGAUGGGGUUGCCAAGACAAAAAAAUUGCUGGAAAUGGGGUCAAGUCUGUCUGUACCGAAUAUUCAUGAUUCGUUAGUCAGGGCAAACCACCAAGCUUUGACUCUUCAGAAUCUGCCCAUGCUCUUCUUGCCCGCUGAGUAG